AGUGUGGAAACCCUAAAUUGACGUGGCUUGACAGUUCUCUUUUCGGGCGAAUUUACCCAAAAAAUCCUUUCUUUUGCAUCGCAAUUGCAUUAGUUUUACGGGGAAAUUGCUGGCCAAAAACCUCGGGAAAUUCUUCUUCAGCAUCCUAUGCGGGUGAUUUGCUAGUGGUGAAAGUAGUGAGUGUGCGGGAAAAGUGUGAAAAGCAGCCACGAAAAUGGCACUGAAGAAAGUGAAGGGAAACUUUGAGCGAAUGUUUGAUAAAAAUCUCACCGACUUGGUCCGUGGGAUCCGCAACAACAAAGAUAAUGAGGCCAAAUACAUCGCUCAGUGCAUUGAGGAGAUUAAGCUGGAGCUGCGACAGGACAACAUUAAUGUUAAAUGCAAUGCAGUCUCAAAAUUAACAUACAUUCAAAUGUUGGGCUAUGACAUCUCCUGGGCCGGCUUCAACAUCAUCGAAGUGAUGAGCUCAUCGAAGUUUACGUGCAAACGAGUGGGCUACUUAGCCGCCAGUCAGUGUUUCCAUCCAGACAGUGAGCUCCUCAUGCUCACCACGAACAUGGUACGGAAGGAUUUGAAUUCGCAGAAUCAGUAUGAUGCUGGCGUGGCACUCAGUGGGCUGAGUUGCUUCAUUUCGGCCGAUCUUUCGCGAGAUCUGGCCAAUGAUAUCAUGACACUCAUGAGCUCCACAAAGCCCUACCUGCGUAUGAAGGCCGUCCUCAUGAUGUACAAAGUUUUUCUGCGAUACCCCGAGGCCCUUAAGCCUGCCUUCCCCAAACUCAAGGAGAAACUCGAGGAUCCCGAUCCUGGUGUUCAGUCGGCCGCUGUUAAUGUCAUCUGCGAACUUGCGCGGAAGAAUCCGAAGAAUUAUCUCUCCCUCGCACCGAUUUUCUUCAAACUUAUGACCACGUCCACCAAUAAUUGGAUGCUGAUUAAGAUAAUUAAAUUGUUUGGCGCCCUGACACCCUUAGAACCGAGACUUGGUAAAAAAUUGAUAGAACCUCUUACGAAUUUAAUCCAUAGCACGUCCGCAAUGAGUCUUCUCUAUGAAUGCAUUAAUACCGUGAUCGCCGUGUUGAUCAGCAUAAGCAGUGGAAUGCCGAAUCACAGUGCUUCCAUCCAGCUUUGCGUGCAGAAAUUGAGAAUUCUCAUUGAGGAUUCCGAUCAGAAUUUAAAAUAUUUGGGCCUCCUGGCCAUGUCAAAAAUUCUCAAGACACACCCCAAGAGUGUUCAGGCCCACAAAGAUCUCAUUUUGGCGUGCCUUGAUGACAAGGAUGAGUCAAUUAGGCUUCGCGCUUUGGAUCUGCUGUACGGCAUGGUGUCGAAGAAGAAUCUCAUGGAGAUUGUGAAGCGCCUCUUGGGGCACAUGGAACGUGCCGAGGGGUCAACGUAUCGCGAUGAGUUGCUGUACAAAGUCAUCGAGAUAUGUUCCCAGGGGUCCUAUCAAUACGUCAUCAACUUCGAAUGGUACCUCACGGUUUUGGUGGAGCUUAUUCAGCUUGAGGCAAACUCCAAACACGGUAGUGUCAUUGCCACGCAGCUCCUCGAUGUGGCAAUCCGUGUACAGGCUGUCCGGGAAUUUGCAGUCACGGAAAUGGCCACGCUGCUCAAUAAUUUCCCCGCCAAUGCUGCCCACUGGGACGCAUCGAAUGGUACAAUGAAUGAGGUGCUCUAUGCUGCAGGAUGGAUUGUGGGGGAAUUUAGUAGUUUCCUCGUUGACCCCGAGGAUACCCUGAAGUCCCUCCUAAAGCCCCGACAGCUACCGGAUCACAUUCAAGCAGUCUACAUUCACAAUGCCCUCAAACUCAUGACGCGGAUGCUAAUGCGGAGUCUCGAGGCGGAAAAUUCCCGCGAUAUUGUGCGCCUUUGCAAUCUCUUUGUGGAUAAAGUGACUCCAUUUGUGAGUUCAGGGAAUAUUGAGGUGCAGGAACGAUCAAGUUCAGCAUUGAUUGUAAUUCAAAUGCUGCAGGAGGAGCUGAAGCCAGUAAAUGGGGCUGAGGGAGAACGAGAUCUCCUCGAUGAUCUCCCAAGUACGGAGAAUGGUGGAAUCUCAACGGAUAUCCCACCAGCAGCUGCACAGUUAAUCCGGGACUUUAGUACACUCUUUGCCGGUGAUCUUAACCCAGUGGCACCCAAGGCACAGAAGAAGGUACCCCUGCCUGAGGGUUUGGAUUUGCACAAGUGGAUAAAUACCCCGCCUGAGCUGAGUAGUCCCUCGUCGGAGGGUGAAGACGACAUGGGGGAACUCUUUGUGACCAAUUCCGAAGUUCAAGGGCGUGCUGAUCGCAAGAAGUACGUCGAGCCAACGGGUGAGGAGCUCGAGAAGAUGCGAGAAGCACGAAAAAUGGAACAAAACAACAAUCCGCACUAUCUCAAAGGAGCCACGAGGAAUUCUUUGCCUAUGAAGAUACGCAAUGAUGGCUGUGAUGACAUCCCAAUUGCCGAAAUAGCCCUUGAAGUACCCCUUACGGUUCAUUCCACAAAGAGAUCUGACAAGUACUUGAUGGAGGACCAAAAGACAGAGAAGCAAAAGAAGAAAAAGACUAAAAUUGUUAAAAAGAGUCGCAAAUCAAAACACAAAAUUAACUACUCAUCAUCUGGAUCUGAUAGCGAUGCAGAACCGAAGCAACUUCAUGUGGUGAAUACGCUAAUUGAGAUGCCAGAAGGUGCUUCGUUGUCAGAACCGGAAGAUGUUGAUCAAACAAUGGAUCCCAAUGAUCCACAUCGUGCUCUUGACAUUGAUCUCGAAGUCCCCAAUAGGGAGGCAGAGGAAAUGCAAAGUAAACGAGACGGAAAGAAACAACCCUCAAAGACUUCCAACUUAAUUGUGCAGCAUGAUGAGAAGCCCACAAAUAGCAGCAGUAAGAAGGUGAAGAAGGAUAAAAGUGAAAAGAGUCGAAAGAAGGAGGGGAAGAGUCACAAAAACAAUGAAAGCCACGAUCUAUUGGGAUUCUCGCAGCAAGUUCCGGAAGAUUUGGGGGAAAAGGGUGAGAAAACAAAGCGAAAGAAGGAGGGGAAAAAGAAGAAAGCUGAUAAGGAGAAAAGUACAGAGAGCUCCAAAAAGAAAUUAGAACUUAAAUUGGGCUAUGAAGAGGCAGCUGGAAUUUCAACUCCUAGUAAGGAAUUUGCGUAAGUUAUAUAUCUACUUUUUCUUUGCCCCUUUAUUUUCAUUUUUUUUGUAAUCUCUGUUGCGCCACUCUCCCCUCAUUAUGUUUCCAACUUGAUAAUAAAAAUCAAAGAUAAGUCUAUUAACUGAGAAAAAUAUUAAAAUUAAUUAUUAUAUUAUAUCAAACAACAAAAAAAUAAAGAAGAAAUUAUUCCCGUAAAAA